AUGGGGAAGGGAACUUGCUCGAGAUUGGCGGAGGCGUGGCAGUGCGGUGAAAGCCGCCUGAACCGAACUAUAUCACAGAGCCGGGUGGGCUGCUAUUUCAAGCUCGAGGCCAGAAAAACGACGUUCACUAAAGAGCUUCGUGCCGGCCUCGCUACCUUCCUCACCAUGGCUUACAUCAUCUCCGUCAACUCCUCUAUCCUCACCGACUCAGGUGGGCCGUGCACUAUCCAUGACUGCACCGCUGACCCGCAUAUCCAACCCGGCCCAAUCCCGGACUGCCGCCUCCAGCGCAACCCGGGCUAUGAUCGCUGCCUCGCGGAAACCAAAAGCGACCUCGUUGUCGCGACUGCCGCUGCCGCCGCCAUCGGUUCCAUUGCCAUGGGUGUCUUCGCGAAUCUUCCCCUCGCCCUCGCCCCCGGAAUGGGCGCCAACGCAUUUUUCACCUUCAACAUGGUCGGCUUUCACGGCACCGGCCCGCUCACCUACGGUGCAGCGCUUGCAGCCGUCAUGCUCGAAGGCGUGCUCUUCCUCACCAUCUCUGCCCUCGGCCUCCGUGGCCGCCUCUCCCGCCUGAUCCCGCGAGGCAUACGCCUAGCCUCAGCAGCGGGAAUUGGCAUUUUCCUAGCCUUCACUGGUCUCCAGGCUGGCCAGGGCGUCGGGCUUGUAGGGCCCAGUGUAUCAACCCUCGUGACUCUCUCCGCUGGCGCGCUCGAGCGUCCCGCCUUCUGGCUCGGUGCCGCAGGGUUCGUGCUCGCCGCCUUCUGCCUUGCACGCGGGCUAAAGGGUGGGAUGAUUUACAGCAUCGUAUUCGUCACCGUAGUUUCAUGGUUCCGUAGGACCCAAGUCACUAUCUUCCCUCUUACCCCCACCGGGGAGGCGGCAUACGCCCACUUCUGCCGCGUGGUCGAUUUGCAUAAAAUAAAGCGCACGGCUGGGAUGGUGGAUUUCAAAGGACUGAAAAGCAGGGCAGCUUUGGUCCCGCUGCUCACCCUUCUGUAUGUUGACAUUCUCGACACGACAGGGUCUAUGUACUCGAUGGCCGAGUACGCGGGAUUCGCGGACGAAAAAGGGGGGUUCGAAGGGGAGUACAAUGCGUUUUUGGUUGACGCUGGGUCCACGAUCGUGGGUGCCGCAAUGGGGACGACGACGAUGACUACGUACAUAGAGUCGACGGCAGGGAUAAAGGAAGGGGGAAGAACAGGGUUAACGUCUGUGGCAACAGCGGUGUGCUUUGUGGCGGCGAUAUUCUUCACGCCGGUGUUGACGAGCGUGCCGAAUUGGGCAGUUGGGCCAGCGCUUGUGAUGGUGGGGAUGAUGAUGAUGAAGUUGGUUAAGGAGAUUGAGUGGGGGGAGGCGAAGGAAGCGGUGCCAGCGUUUCUGACGAUGAUAUUGAUGCCGCUGACAUUUUCGAUUGCGAAUGGGAUAAUUGCGGGGAUAGCCGUUCACAUUGUGAUGAAUUUGUAUGAAUAUGGGGAAGUUGCGGCGAGGUGGGUGUGUAGAGCGAGGGUGGCUGUUGGAGAGGGGAGAAAUCAGGUGUCCGCAGCAGCUGGGGAUGUUCAGGCAGCGGCGGUGCUGCCGCCUGUUUGAUGAAACGUCGUGUUCGUUUUCAGUGACUGUUAAAAAAGAAGAAUGCUUUUUCUAUCCACUAUGUGAUAUGGCCAACGAGCUCCCCAUAUGCCAACCGCAGUCUUGAUAGAGAAAUGUAGCGCGUUUAACGUGCGCUAAUCUGCGUUGGAUGGAUGAAUCUGAAUUGUAAUGUUAGGUAUGAGUCCAUAUCAAGGUGGAGAGCCAUUUAUCUGUUGCUAAUAUGCUUAGUUAUUAGA